AUGACACUUGAAAUUCGCCCUAAGCAUGAAUUAAUAUUUCAAGGACCUUUCAAUAUUGAUUCGUCAGUAAUAUUAAAUCUAGCAAACCGUGGUGAUGCUUAUCUGGCUUUUCAGUUCAAAACCAACGCAUCUCCUAACUUGCGAUCAACAGUCAAACGAGGAUUUCUAGAGCCUUAUGCCGAAGAAAAUGUCAAAAUCAUUCUCUUACCCGAAGAAGCUGAUCAUCCAUACAAUGAAAGUUCACAAUAUCAAAUGACUGUUCACUGGACGAUUAUAUCCGACAUAUCCAUGAAUGACAUCGAUAAUUUUUGGAAGAGUAAUGCGUCCAACAAUCAAGAUAUACACCAUAUACAUUUGAAAUGUGUUUUUACAAACGAAAAUUCAGUCGAAAGUUUUGCGCUCAGAAAUAAUACAAAACAAAUUUCUCAAGGAACACAGACGUCACCGAUGAUUCCUAAACGUUCCGCAAGAUUCUUUUCCGGAUGGACACAUAAUUUCAUACACAUUCAUCCUCAUCGUUCUCAAAGACUAAACAGCGCUGAAAACCCUACUUCAAUUGAAUCGCCAUCAAUACAAAAGAAAAAUCGCUUCCUCUCACGAUUCAAAAAGACGAAACCUAUAUCAGUCACAAUUGGUCACGGAACCAUAAGUGUUGAGCAAGGCGAUAUAACCAAACAGAAGAUUGAUGUGAUCAUUGGAACUUUGAUAGGCAAUACCAUAGAUCGAAAAAUCUUAAAAGAAGCUGGCAACGAAGCAAACGAUACUUUUGCCAAUGAAUACGAACGUAAUCCGCAUUCGCUGAUUAUUUCAACUCCUCCAGGUCACUUGAAUUGUCACCGUAUAUUCUUCAUCAAAUGGGACCCUUAUGCCAACGGAAUACAACUUUAUCAAGCGAUCGCUGAUUUCGUAUGGAAUAUUGUCCAAAAUGUCAUCGCACACGAUUUCCAAUCUGUUGCAAUUCCAAUCGGUGGAGAUCAAGAAUCGACUGAUACGCUGAAAAUUAUCAUCGAAGCGAUGAUCAAAUCCAUUCAGAAACAAAUCAUCAUAAGGAAAUUAUCGAUAUUCGUUAAAAUUAUUGUAGAACCUGAUGAACAAUUUAUCUACAACGCACUUUGUGAAAAGAUUUUGAUGUUGUCCAACGAUGACUUAUCAGAAGCAGCUUUACAGUCAGUUGCAACAUCGGAGCUAAUAGAAAAUGAUCAACUAUCUUAUGUAAUUUCUGAACAUACCGAUGAAUAUCAAGCAGUUCUGACUCAAUUCGAUGAACAAAUGAGAUACCUUUAUACUCAGAUGAUUCAGAUUGAACGUAUUGAAAACAAACGUUGGUACUUGCAAUAUUUAGCACAUAAAGACGAAUUUAAAAGACGCUUGGGCGAAGAUACCGAACGGAUUCUCUAUCAUGGAUGCGACGAACAAGCUGCUAAUAACAUCGUAACAAAAGGCUUCAGUCGAAAUUUUGCCGGUCAGCAUGGUGCCAGAUGGGGAUACGGUGUUUAUUUCUCAUCGAGAGCAAAUUAUAGUGCCGCCUUUGCGCUUCCGAAUAAUCGCGGAGAAAAACGAAUGUUUCUAGCAAAUAUUUUGAUUGGAAAAAGAGCACUUGGCGACCCAUCUAUGAGGGUACCACCUGUCGGCUUUGACUCAACUACAGAUGGAAGCCACAUAUUUGUUAUCUAUCAUGAUGCGCAAGCAUAUGCUACUUAUUUGAUAGUAUAUAAAUAA